AUGGAGCAAAUCAUGCAAAUGCAGGACGAUAUCCACAAACUUAAGAAGCUCAUGGACUCGGUAUUUGAAAAAAUUGAAAAUCAGUCCGAAGAGCGUCCGUACGAUACCGCAGACGCUUAUACGGACAAAGAUCGAAUCGUUGAGAUGCUCAACCGUCUAAGCUCGAGGAUGGCAGAUGCAGACAUGUCGAAUCUUACUGCAACACCCACAAAGGACGCCACUGCUGAGGAUAUUACGGAGCUUAAACACAAGAUUAACCGCAUCGAGGCCGAGCGUCAGACUAUUAAUCGCCGUGCAGCUUGUUGUUGUUCCUCUCUACAAAAAUUGAAUGCAGUUUGA